AUGUCCAGCCAGUCGACUUUCUAUGAGACUGCUGACUGGCCCUUACAACCUUCCCCUCGAAACAGCGCCGCAUCUUCGCUCAGUCUCGCUUCAGAAAAUGCCAGUAUACACUUCUCAAACUUCCCACUGCCACCCACACCGUCGACGUCUCGCCCUCCCAGUGAUACGAGCAGAGUGUCCUCCAGCACUGCUGCGAUUCACACAAUUCACGUCCCACUCUCCAGGCCGUUCACCAUCUCCUUUCUCAAGGGCAGCAAACUCUUUCGGUUGAGAUUUUCGCAGAUCGAGCUGGAAAAGAAUGUGGCUGGAUCUGUCAAACGCAUUUUGCUGAGCGACUCAUCAGCCACGGUCACCCCGAUGAUCCACUCAUUUUCCGACCAAAGGCUGCCUAUCAUACCGCACCUUGAACAGCCCGUCACAUCGACUUCGAGCCACAUCUCACGCAUCUCGUUCCUGGAAGAGCAAACACUUCAGAGCGGGCAAACGUUGUUCCAAGCGGAACCUCAGUACACGUUCGAGGCCUGGGAAGAUUGUGUGAAGUUCCAGGAAGCCAUCCUCGGGCAGACGAUAGUGUUCACGGCGGGCAUUGCGGAAGCCAAGUCCAAGGGGCGAGGAGAAGAAUGCAUCAGCCAAAAUUUGCGCGUCUUGCGAGGGCGCACCGGGCGACAAGUCAUCCUUUUCUUCACCAAUUCUCAGAGGAGAGAGAGGAAGAAGUACAUCACCAUUCCCCGUAAGUAUCCUAUGGAUUCAUUUUCGACAUCACGCUACUAA